AUGGCCGAGGUACCGCCCGGGCCUAGCAGCCUCCUCGCUUCGCCGCCGGGAGCCGCCGCUGCGCUCCUCUCUCCCUUUCCGGGAACUGCUGAAGAGGAGGAAGAGGAAGAGGAGGACGAAGAGGAAGGAGGAAGGCGUUCCUGCAGGGAGGAGGACGCUGAGGAGGAAGGCAUGCGGGAGGGGAGCCUGCCCCGCCGCCGCCGCGCUUGCCAGCCCCAUCGCCACUACCAUCAGCUCAACGGCCUCAUCGCUGGGUCGGACUUGCGGCACUUGCGAAGCUCCCUGAAGGACAAGGUUUUAAGCAACAGCAACGAGAAGCAGUGUCCGCCCAAUAGCAAGAAAAACGGCAACGCCACCAUCACCACUGGCCCUGGCAAAAGAAUGGGACACGGGCAGGAGCCCCAGCAUCCCUGUCAGGGAGGGGAACAGGAGACAAGUCCACCUUCACUCAGCAACCACCACCAGGUCCCUUGCCCCCAGGCAAGGACUGCACAGUCCCAACAGCAGCAACACCGCCACCACCACCACCACCAUGAUGCUUCUGCUCCCUCGGCUGGGGACAGGAAUGGGCUGGUUGGGGGAGGAGAGUCGGAGGAAGGCGAGGACCAGGAGUUGGAAAGGGAAGAGGAGUCCUUGCUACUUCUCUCCAGAUCCUUGGCCUCUACCUGCAGUUUGCAAAAAUGUUCCAUGGGUCCCCAUACAAACACUUCCUGGCCCCCCCAGCAGGUGAAGGAGGAGAAAGAGGACCUCACAAUACGAUAUGUCCGAUACGAGUCCGAGCUACAGAUGCCAGACAUCAUGAGACUGAUCACCAAAGAUCUGUCUGAACCCUACUCCAUUUACACUUAUAGGUAUUUUAUCCACAACUGGCCUCAGCUUUGUUUUUUGGCAAUGGUAGGUGAUGAGUGCGUAGGUGCAAUCGUCUGCAAGUUGGACAUGCACAAAAAGAUGUUUCGUAGAGGUUAUAUAGCCAUGUUAGCGGUGGAUUCCAAAUACAGAAGAAAAGGCAUAGGUACAAACUUGGUUAAGAAAGCUAUUUACGCCAUGGUAGAAGGAGAUUGUGAUGAGGUUGUCCUGGAGACUGAGAUCACGAACAAGUCUGCAUUGAAACUUUAUGAAAACCUUGGCUUUGUGCGAGACAAGAGGUUGUUCAGAUACUAUUUAAAUGGAGUUGAUGCAUUGCGUCUUAAACUUUGGCUGCGUUAAUUGGAGGACUUUUCUUCUCAACAAACAUGGCAGCAGCAUCUUUUGCAUUCAAUGCAAUUUGUGUGGAAUUGCUUUGCAGUUGGACGUAAUAACUUCCAUACAGCUCUUCUUUGUGAGUGUCUCAUCGAGCAUUGCACCUAAAUUGUUGCACUGUGUGGCAUGGCGCAUCUUGUUCUGAAUUUACAACAGGUUGUUUCAGACUUCAAAUCCUCUUGGUAACCAGGAAGAUGUGCCAAUAGGUAGCCAAGAGCUCCUCUUUUCAUUUGCAAGUCUACUGACUUCUGUUAUAUAAAUGGUGAACAUUUUAUCAAGAACCUGUGUAUACAGAACACAAUCUUUUUUCGGUUUAAGAGAGAAAGAAAAGCCAAUGUAAUUGUAAAAUUCUAUAAGUAUACUAACAUUUCAUACAAAUCUCACCAUAGUUUUUUUUUUUCCUGGGGAAAAUAAAAAUUACUUCAACUUUAGGUUUUAUUUUUCAAUAUUGAACUUUCCAUUCUUAAAUAUUGGUACCUCAGUGAUUAGUGGAUGAAAAAAAUG